UGUGUGUGUGUGCAUGUGUAUGUGUGCAUUCGUGCGUUUUGUGUUGCUGUGCUGGGGGCGUGUUCUGCCAACCCUUCUGCCCACGGCUCAUGCAUAAUAUCAUCAGAGCGUGCCACAGCAAUGGGCAUCCUCUGACUGUGUUCAACUGUGUGCUGAAGUGUUUCGAGUAUUUGUGCAAACACAACGCAAUGCAGAUCUAAUUUUGUCUCGCUCAACUCUCGCCAGGGCGAUAGGAGGUAAUGUGAAUGUCAGCAUACGUGUGAGCGCUGUGAUUUAAGAGGCACAGCUGUCCACUGGGAGAUGACACACCGUCACACUCACCAAUACAACUAGGGACAGGGAGAGCGAGCGAGCAAAACAGGAAAAGAGAGAGAGAGAUACACCCAGGGGUCAGAGUGUUGAUUUGAAUUCAAAACCAAGCAAGAGAAAUGGGAAAAAUAGAAACAAAAGCAUCAGUAUGAAGAAAAAUACAAGACGCAGACGCUGAGAGAUGGUGAGAGAGCUCCAGAGAGAGAGAGAGAGAGUGAGAGAGAGAAAGAGAGAGAGAGAUAGAAGCAGAGCUCCCUAACUCCAGUGAUUCCCUGACUGGCUGGCAGUAAGCUCUGUGCUCUGAUCUGCCUGCUCUGAUGGGGAUUUAUGCCCGUGCAGGCAGUGUUGGGGAUCCUGAAGGCAACACAGGUUUCUGCUGCUGAUCUUGGCCUCUCCAAUUUCUACCUAUUGACCAUAUCAGUCUACACAGAUGAGAGUCAGGACAGGUAAUCUGAACCUUACUGAUGGCUAAUGGAUCAUCAACCAAUGACGGUCAAUAGAAUCCAAAAAGGGAGCUAAAAGAAGAUUGAAUGCAAGUGGCCCAAGGACAUCUGGCAGAUAUGAGAGUGGUACUGGUGUGUGCCCUCCUCUCCCUCCUGUCUUUGUCACAUGCCUGUCCAAAGGAGUGUAGCUGCAACAGCAACACCAAAGUAGUAGACUGCCGGGGUCGAGGUCUAUAUGACAUCCCUCGACGACUGCAUCCAGACACCCAAGAACUAUAUCUUCAAGAUAACCGUAUCAGGGGGCUGGGAACGAUGGCUUUCCGAGAAAUACCCCUUGUCCGCAUUCUUGAUCUAUCUAAUAACUCUAUAACAUCUGUUUCACCAACUGCUCUGCUGGGUCUCAGAACUCUGCAGCGCCUCAGCCUGGCCUACAACAGCCUGAGAGAGCUUGACAAGCGGUUGCUUGGACCUAUCCGCUCGCUUUCACACCUUGACCUUUCACACAACAGCCUGUGGGGUUUUCCUGGAGCCAUGGGGGACAGUUUGAGGAACCUUAGCCACCUGGGGCUAGCACACAACAGGCUAACACGAUUGGACCGCUCCCUAUUGGAGGCCCUGACACGCCUGGACAGCCUCACACUACGAGGCAACCCCUGGAGGUGUGACUGCCAGCUCAUAGGCCUUAAACUCUGGCUGGAGACCUACCUCUUUAAAGGUGGAGCGGUGGAUGAGGUGAUUUGUUCUCAACCAGACGAAAUGAGGGACAGAGACCUGCAGAAAGUCCCCUACCAGCUCUUCCAUGCCUGCAUGACCACAAGUUACCAUUACCUGUUUGCUAACAUACACCACCUGGAGUCUGAGAGGUUACUGCGAGGCCACACCCAUGGCAACCAUGCUCAUCCCUCUAGCCACGCUCUCCAUGUCCCCAUGGCAAUGGGAGAAGGUUUUGGUGGUGGGGGAGGAGGAGGAGCAGCUGGAGGAGGAGGGGGAGGGAGUAUACCAGAGUGUGAACCUAAGCAGAGGCAGCGGCCUGUCAACUUGCGCCACGCAAUCGCCACAGUGAUCAUCACCGGAGUAGUGUGUGGGAUCGUGUGUCUGAUGAUGCUGGCCGCAGCAGUGUAUGGCUGCGCCUACGCUGCUAUCAUGGCCAAAUACCAGCGUGAGCUAAAGAAGAACGAGGAGUUGGCAGCAGCGCAGGGGGCAGAUCAUGCCACAGCAGAUGAGAAGGAACCACUGGAGAAUGCUAUCGCCUAGGAGAUGAUAUGAUAUGAACCCUGGACUUUAAACCUGGGCCUCAACCCUUUAACCUAAUCCUCUCUGGAUGCCAUGUGCGUGUUGGUGCAUGUGUGUUGAAAAAAAUGUGAUGAAAAAAAAAAAAGAAGAGAUUCUUUAUGUGUGAGCAUAUGUGUGUGCUCACCUUCUUUCUGAGACUUGGGUAGCUAAAUUCCACAGGUAUUUGACUAUGCACUGAUGAGGACAAUAUCUUCUACUGUAUGCGGGUUCGAGGGGAAGGCCAAAGAAUCCACAAGGAAUCAAUUCCAUUUUGUCUGAGAAAUGCAUAUCACAGAUAUGAACAAAUUGCUAUAUAUUUCUAAUUGUGUAUUUGUAGGUAUAAUAGUAAAGUAUUUAAAAAAAAUGGAUUUCAGAGUCUGGAUGUCCUUUAGUUGUUCAUCAUUUUGUGUCCGAUUCUGAGGUCAUUUUCAAAAUUCAUAGUAGGCAGCUGCUGUCAUUUAAAUUCUAUUGUUUGUAUCAUUAAUGUGCGAGUAUGAGAACAAGAAUGAGUGUUUGUGUCUGUGUCUUAUUUGUGUUUAUGUGUGUGGAGAUGUAUAUUGUAUGCACAUAUUUAUAAAGAAUUUAAGAGUUUGUGCCUAAUAGUUUUGAGGAAGAAAUAUGUUUUCUUAAAGGAUAUUUUUCUGACGACUAAAGUGAGGAUGGGAAAUUCGAUGAAGCAAUAAUGAAACAAACUCAAAAGAAAACAACAACAAAACUUGGACUCAGCCUUGUUGUUUUUCUACGACUUUCAUAAGUCUGUAUUAUCAACCUGCUGCACACAGUCACACCCACACAGAAAACGUUUUAGACCUACAGUUUUUGAGAUCAGUGGAGUCUUGUUUGCAAGUUAAUGCUGAUUACAUAAUGGUAGUCAUGUCUGUCAGUAUGUGUUAUAUAAAAUAAAGGGAAACACUUUACCUGAUUACUGUAUGUAUACUGAUAAGUCAUUUGAGAAGGCAUGCAUCCCUAAAUGCAGAAAGUAUCUCUAAAUGAGGGGUAUUUUAGUUAAGUCAAAUAAGCUGACAAGAGAAAAUGGUGAAACACACACACAUAUUUCUAUGAGAAUACUGUGGAUUAUACUUGAUAUUAUUUUAAUCGUUUGUUGCUGCUUCCGAGAGAUACAUUUGAAUAUAUGUUUGUAUCUAUGGCAUUAUUAUAUUUCCCUUAUGGAUAUUGGCUAACCUUUAUCUUUUUUGUCUGACGGACUUCACUGGUACAAUCACAAGGGAUUUCUAAAAUAUUAUGUAAUGCAAUAGCAGAUCAUUGGUACAUCUGAUUUAUGUCUCUUAUCAUUUUAACAUAUAUGAAAUGUCACAGAUAUUCAGGCAAUGUUUUUAGAUUACAUUAAAAACUGUAGCCUUCUGUGUACAUUACAAGCAUCCAUUAUUAUCAUUAGCAGUGAUUUAUCACUUAGUGCGGUGUGUUGGUACAUGAAUGUACACAGAUGCCUUUGGUCUUAACGCCUGACCUGAGUUUUAUGGCACUCUGUAUAUUACGGCUGCAGACUCACUGCACGUGGCUCAGGAUGUGACCACAAACACUGACAUACACACAAACUGGCACGCCGUGUAUAGACACGCUGGCAUACACGCGCGUGUAUGUAUGCACACGUUAACAUUGUGAUUCAAAUGAUGUCUGCAGGGCCCGUGGUGUGUGAUGUCAUCAGCCUGUCCUGUUAAGUUAGUGUUUUAGCGUAUUCACAAGUCUACAGCUCAGUGGAGCGCAGGGCAGCGAAAACUGGCCCUAACCGGCCUAACCCAUGCUAAAUUUGCAUUCUAGCCUACAUCUCUCCUCCCAUCUGACUCUCUUAUAUAAAACCAUCCUUACAGACAUCCCCCGAUCUAACAAGCAUUGAUCGUCAUCACUGCAUAUCAACAUCGAAUAGGGUAUUCAUGAAACCUUAUUAGUGAGUCAUUUGGAUUGCUGCUUAACUGAAUUUGAAAGAAUGAUACCAUCUUAAAACAAUAGUGAUUAAGUCCACAGGGUCAAAUAAUACUGUGGGCUGGUGUAAACUGUGGGCUGCUUGUGUACCGCUCUGCUAGAAAUCUGAUGCAUAGUCUGUGUGCAUGUGUGCUGUGGCAUCACACAUACUCUCCCAUCUCUGUCCUUCUGCUCCAGUGGUUUCCCCCAGGCCAAGAGUACCCACAAUGCACUGCAUUCAUGUCAACGCAUUCAAGCACCGUGAAAUAAUUUUCUCUUUCUCUGCCCUUUUAUUUCUUCUCUUAUUUUAUCACUGCAUUUCCAACAGACUUUCCUUUUUCUUCUCUCAGUUUCCCCUCCCCCCCUUUCCUCUGUCCAGAUCUUUUUCUGUGAUUCCUCUGCUGGCAUUAAUGGCCCUCAUCUGUUGACAGGAGAAUUUACAAAGAUUAUCAUCAGAAGAAGUUUUUAAUAUGAGGUAAAAGCUGUGUUCCACAUUGGUCUUUGGCACAUAUGUUGGACAGCGGGAAGGAUUACAAUAGUCCACACUGUACACUGUACUGGAACAGAAUAACUUUUUCAUUCAAGACAUUUGUACUGUGUGAUUACUAAAGCUAUCCAUGUAAAACAGGACUUCCAAAAGGCCUGCAGAGGAUAAAGAUAAAGAAAGUUGGAGGCUUCUUACUGCAAGCAUAGCUGCCCAAGGAAUAGCACUGAGCCAGAAACGCACUGUCUACCUAUCUGUGUAUUUUAAGAACUUCGUACGUUUGUAUUUUGCUCAAUGUGUCUGAAGCUGAAAUAAAGAUUCUCAUUUUUUGCAAACAA